AAAAGGUUUUUAAGUUUCACUGCUGGAGAUUCAUGGUAAAGAGUUGUAAAUUUAAUAACUGACUAACAUUUCUAAAUAGCUACCGAUAGGUGCAGGUUGUGGUGCAUGACUUGAUACACUAUUUACAAAACAUCAAACUAAUAAUAACAAUACAGUAAACUACGAGUCAGAGUUCAGUGAUCCAGCCAUGAUUACAGUGAGAGAUACGUCAUGUUUUCUACAGUACAAUUUCACUACAGAUUAGGAAGUUAGGAAGUCUGUGAAGCAUUUUUGAUGUUGAGAGACUGUAAUUGUUUAAGUGUUUGUUAUCUUUCUAUAGCGAGACCAAAGCCUGUAGUGAAAAUACAGCCAGCUGAGCGCGUGUUCCUUGGGGAGACCGUCACUCUCACAUGUGAGAUUCAGACUAGCGGCAGUACCUGGCAGUAUCACUGGUAUAGGGAUAACACAGAACUCAGUGAUGCUGCAGGAAAGAAAACAUACACAAUCUCUGAUAUUAAAGACUCUGAUAAAGGUGAUUAUACAUGUUAUGGAACAAAGUCAUCAGACCCUAAAUACACACAGACCAGUGAUGGUGUUACACUGACUGUAUCAGAAAAUCCUAAACCUGAACUCACAUCAGACCUUAAAGGAGCUGUAAUGAUGGGAAACUCAGUGAAUCUGUCCUGUACACUGAAGCUGCAGUCUGAUGGAUGGAAGUUUUACUGGAUCAAACCCACACAGAGCACUGAGACUGAGACUGAAACACACUCCUACACCAUCAGAUCAGUUAGUGUCUCUGAUGGAGGUCAGUACAAGUGCAGAGCUGGAAGAGGAAACCCAGUCUACUACACACACUACAGUGAUGCACUCUGGGUAAAUGUUACUGGUGAGUAUGUGCACUGUCCAGAACAUUGUCUGUCUGUGUGUGUGUGUGUGUGUGUGUGUGUGUGUGUGUGUCUUUUAUGUGCAUAUUGCAUGCUCUAUGUAUAGUUUAAUCUUUUAUCUUCCUUACUUCACACUGCAAUUUUAAUUUUCUUACUUUUUUCAACCAAAAUAAAUGUUAAUAUACUAUUGACCUACAUUGAAAUAUAGUAAUAUUAAUAUAAUUAUUAACAGGUGAAUCUCCUCCAGUGUCUCAUUUAAAUAAAAGUUUUGGUAUGUUGGAGUCAGUUUUCUAUUCUUAAAGCAUUUCAAAAAUAAUUAUGAUGACUUAUUGCUCCUUUACACCUUUUA